CUUCACAGCAUACUAACAGCUAAAUUGACGGACUGGGGCAUGAAAUUUUAUCCAAUGGCACACAAAGGAACGCAGGAAUUUUGAUGGCACGUACGGAAAUGAUAUAAAUUCCAGUGGCAUACUCUCUUCUUUCUUCUUCCAGCCCGGUAAUAGCUUGCAUCAGCAGCCCGCCGGCCACCGGCCCGGCUCACCGCAGCGGCCCGCCAGGCCAGUCCAGCUCCCCGCUUCCACCGCGCCGGCCUCGCUCGAUGGCCCAGCUCGCCGGCCCACCUUGGCCCAACUCCCGCCUCCACCUCUUGCCACUGACGCGGGGGCCCCGCGUGUCAUCCCUCACCUCCCAAACUCAAACCCGAGCCGGAUUCCCCAGCCGCACCCUCGAUCCGCCUCCGUUUCGCGUCGCGCCAACCGAGGUUCGUCGCCCCCUUUAAAGCCUGAGCCACCGCCUCCUCUGACCUCUUUUCGCCAAAUCUUAAGCCCUAGCGCCGCCCGCCCGAGCUCGAAACCUAGCUUGAGCCCGCCGCCGUCGAUCUCCCGCCUCCCCGCCUCCCUGUCGACGAGAAGCCGCUCCGGAGUAAGGUGAGGAGAAGGAUCGCAGUUCAAGGAAUUCGAAGACUAAGCCUUUGAAAACUUUGAGCAGCAAGAACUAGUUUAGGAAGGCAAGUGGUGUCCUUGAUCACAAUUUGAACAUAUGCAACAGUUACUUUUAUGUUCAAUAUACACAUGUUAUGCACUUUAUGCUUAUAAAUAUGAUGGGUCCUAUCUAAGUUGUGCCUAGUUUUAUCCUUGUGCCUUGAUCAACCUGGGUUCACUUAUGUUGGGUAGUUGUUGCUUAGUUUCUCUAAUUACAUAUGGUGGUAUUAAUGAACUCAAUGAUUAAACUUGUUUUAUUUAUGCUAUACCUUUCAUUAAUACAAGAUCACCAUGCUUAAUUGGAACAUGGAGAACCACCCAGAAAAACAGUGCAACCAUAAGACUAUAUGGCUCUGGCUUGGCUAAUUAAUUAGAAAUGCUAGUAUGUUGUAGCUUUACCAAAAGGGCAAGAAGGGGAGACAGUGACAGUGUAUAACCCGACCCUCAAGUUGAUCUGCUUUAUGGUAGCUUUGCAGUCUUAAGGGAGGUUUAUGCAUUUCUCUGAUCAUGAAACCUUAUCGAGCUAUCCUUGCUAGGGGAUCUUUGUAAAGGCCUCGUAGUGCACCCUAGCUACUCACCUUGUAAGUGUUUAAGGGCCUUACAAACCCGGGCGACAUGGGAGACAUGACUUGUGGUGAAAGUGGUACAACCUCUGCAGAGUGUCUAAAACUGAUUGAUCAGCCGUGCUCACGGUUAAGAGCGGCCUGGAACCUCACAUGAUAAUCUAUCAGAAGUUGAAUUAAAUUGCCGUUAUUUAUGUUAUUUAUUGCUAUUUUAUUUAUUUAUGUUCAUGCUUAAUGUGGGUGGUAUAAAAUUUUACUUAGUAAUUGCUAAUAAAACUUGACCAACCAAUUAAAAUGUUGACAUGCUGUUAAACCAUAGCCUAUCCUUACAUAGCUUUACAUUACACAUUCCCCACGCUUGUUGAGUACCAACCAUAAGUGUACUCACCCUUGCUAAAACAGUUGCUUAGACCAAGACUACUUUGAGAAGAUUCCUGAAGAUUUUGAAGAAUUCUAAGCAUACGUGUGCCGCCAGUCAACUGCCUGUGGAGUCGUCGUUAUCGUUAGAGUUCUGCUGCUAGAAUAAAGACUCAUUUUGCUAUUCAAUUUAAAGACUUUCAGUUAUGUAAUAAAUUUAAUACUCUAUUUACGCUUUGGUAUUGUUUAUGGUAUUUACUGAAGUCGUUGUAUGUGUGAAACUUGAUCCCAGCGCACAUGUAAUUUAUCAUCUGGUUUUGCUUUUAAUACUCUAUUUACGCUUUGGCACUGUUUAUAGUAUUUACUGAAGUCGUUGCAUGUGUGAAACUUGAUCCUGACGCACAUGUAAUUUAUCAUCUGGUUUUGCUUUUAAAACCGGGUGUAACAAGCUAUGAUCAUGCUCUGUAUAACUUCUUUCAGUUUUACAUAUGCUUAUUUGGUUACCAUCCAGUUUGUUUCAGAGAUAUCUGACUUGAGAAGAUUUGGAUUCUGCUAGGCUCACAAUGAGAAUCUCUGAGCAGCUGGGCAGUGGUGCCUAUUACAUGCAAGUAGAUCAGGGAGAGGACAAUGAAGAUGAUAAGACAGAUCGCCAGCCAACUCAAUGUCUUAAUCUCGAAAUAAGCGGCUCCUUUCUGACGUGCAUUAGGCUCAUGCUGGCUCGGGACAGGAAUGCUUUUUUUCAAAGCGAAUAUAAUGAUAGGAUCAAAUAUGAGGAGCUCACAGCUGCACAGAAUCAGCUUACAAGUACUAAGAAUUGCAAGAGAGUUUCGACAGAGCUGCCUCUGCUGACACUUACAAUCGGCAACAAGAAGUUCAUUCGUAAGGGUGAUUGCAACAUACUCGCUUCUUUCUGCUACGUAACACAGCUAGUCGUGUGCAAGUUGUGCUAUGAAAAGCUGAUUAGAAGGGUUGAUAUCCCCUUUUCCGACAUCACAUCUCUCCUUGUCUGUUUUGACGAUAUAAGAUUUGAUACCUUGAGAAUAGAGGCAAGAUCUUCACUCCAAUAUUUCUCCACUGAUAAGCCACUUCCUGGAAAGUUUACUCGCUGGAAAGUGGACAACUCAAAAGAAGAUGACUGUUUUCCUGAAUCAAAAUUUGUCUUCGUUGAGAUAGAGAAGGGGAUGCUUGAAAAGGGCCUUGCAAAACUAUUGUAUAUUGAUCCAAGACUACAACGUAGUGUAGAAUUUGCUAGAGCUUCUGAUGACCAACACAUGUACCAAGGCCGUCUCCAUGCUCACAUGCAGCAAACCAACAUGUCUGCUCUUCAGCCAUUGCUAUGUGUCAAUGCGCUCCCCAACAUUGGAGGGAGAAUGUAGAAUGUUCUUAUCAACUCUUUAUAGAUAGGUAGUCAGAACAUUGAUUAUAACAUCAUUAUUUUUUGCUUUUGAACACCACUUGACUCUUGAUAUCAUGCAUAAUUUGCAGGAAUUGACUAGCUUGGGUGUAUGAUUCAAUGAACAUAUCCUUGAGUGUGAACGAUAGCAGAGUAGAUGGUAAUGCUUCUGAGCACGUAGAUAAGAUGAUGAAACUUUGGAGAUGCACUAUAUAUUUU